AUGUCGCAAGCCACCAGCACUAAAUGUGCUUCGCGAUGGGUGACGCGCAUCAUCCCCACCAUCAUCACGGGCACAAGCGGCUAUGCCACCUACGUGAUCGUGGCCUACCUAGGCGUCGACUACCUGUACAGGACCAGGGGCGAGGUCGGCGCCGCAGUCUCGACAAUCACGAUUUACCUCUUCUUCUACCUCCUCACGAUCGUAACCUACUUACGAACUUUUAUCAAGAUUAAGAUGGACCCAGGUCUGGUACCGCUUGGUCCUCAGGCGCAACACCCGUCGAGAGAAUCGAAUAAGAAACGUAGACGGAGGAAAGAGGGCGAUUUGGAAAGCCAGCCGUAUUUCACCGGUCCCGACCAAGAUCCCGACAGCCCCGGCCUAGAGGGCUUCUACAGCAAAGACGUCUUUGUGUGCGAGAGCGACGGGAGGCCUAAGUGGUGCUCCGAAUGUCGCAACUGGAAGCCCGAUCGGGCCCAUCAUUCGAGCGAGGUGGGACGAUGCGUACGCAAAAUGGACCACUACUGUCCCUGGGUCGGCGGCAUGGUGUCGGAGACGUCUUACUGUCUCGCACUGCAGGUGCGCGAUGGCACCGUCGAUGGCAGGACGAUCUCGGGCGUUGCCAUUGCCGGCUUCUUUGGUCUCUUCACGUUCCUGAUGACCGCGACCUCAUGGCGCUUCAUCUUCCUCAACAUCACCAACAUUGACGCUCUCCGCAAAUCGUGGGUGCACCAGCUAGCAAUCAGGGUCCCAAACAGCACCCGUCCCGGCAACUACUAUGGAACUGUCACGUAUCCUCUAUCAAAGUACCCUCAGGGAAUACCGACCUCCUCGGAUGCCACCGUGGAUAGCGAGACUCCGCGCGAUCGCCUAGCCACGCGUACUUUUGCCAUUGUCAGGACUGAGCCGGAUGAGAACCCAUGGGAUCUUGGCUAUAGGAGGAACUGGACGGCAGUCAUGGGACACAGCUGGGUCGAUUGGCUUCUACCCAUACACGGGUCGCCGUGCGCCAACCACGACAGCAUGCAGAGUGACUAUGAAAUGGGCUCCCUGAUACAGACACUCCGAGAACGACAUGGCCUACCUGAUCCCAAUCAACCCUCUGGCGAGAUGGAGAUGCAGGAGAUGCGGCCAGGGGGCCACUAG